AUGUCACAGAUCUCAAAAUAUUAAUUAUAAGGAAAGGUUGGAUCUGGAGUUUAUGGAGAUGUUUAUAAAGCUAUAAAUACAUAAACAGGAAAGAUUGUUGCAAUAAAGAAGAUUAAAAAGCAAGUUUUUUAUUAAAAUAAAUAUGAUAGUCAUAAGAUUAAGGGAUAUCUACUGUAGCUUUGAGAGAAACAUCAAUAUUGUAAACAGUGUAAAGUGAAAAUAUAGUAAAGUAAGAAUUAAAAUGAAAAAAGAUUGAUUGAAAUUGAAUAUGUUUAAGGAUGCAUAAGAUUAGUUAUGGAAUUCUAUGAUGUUGAUUUGGAUACAUAUCUGAAAUAAAAUAGAUUAGAGUUAAAUAAGAUUUAAGUAAUCUUGUGAAAGUAUUGUAAAUAGGAAAUUUUAUAUGGCAUUCUAAAAGGGAUGAAUGAAUGUCAUAAAAAGAAAUGUAUGCAUAGAGACUUGAAGCCUUAAAACAUAUUAAUUAGUUAGGAUGGUAUAUAAGAAAAUUAAUUUCUCAGGUAAAGUUAAAAUAGGAGAUUUUGGGAUGGCUCGAUCUUUUCAAUAAGUACCAGGAUCUUAUACAUAUGAAGUGAUAACUCUUUGGUAUAGGCCACCAGAGUUAUUGCUUCAAACUUCUGGUUAUACAACAGCAAUAGAUGUUUGGUCUAUUGGAUGUAUAUUUGCUCAAAUGGUACUAAGAACACCUUUAUUUGCUGGAGACAGUGAGAUUUAAUAGAUGAAAUUGAUAUGUGAAAACAUAUAAUUGAAUUAGGAUAAUGCAUAAGUUUUAUCUGUAUUUCAAUUUAAAUAAUUUGUAGAAUUCUUUAUUUUAAAAUUAAUUGGAUUAGAAGUUAGAAUAGAAAUUUAAGAAUACAUGUAUUACUUAAGAUGGUUUGGAUUUAUUAAAGGUAAAUGUUUAAUAAUAUUGAUUUAAGAAAUUCUUAUAAUUGAAUCCAACUGAUAGAAUUUCUUGUCAUGAAGCUCUUAGACAUGUAAUCAUUAUAUCAUAUUGAAGCCAUUCUUUAAUAAUUUCUAAGAGCCAGAUAUUAUGAAUUAAAAUAUGGAUAUAUUAUCAGAAUAUUUUAGAGUUUAGUAAUGA